GCUAGUUCGAUAAGAGUGAGAAGAAGUCAGCCCAUAACCAAUACCGUUCUAGAUCUAUCUUCUACAAAAAUCGCUCUCAUCCGUUCCUUUAUGCGUUUCAGUCCGGCGCCUUUUCCUGGUUGCUGUCAAGUGUUCCUUCUGUAAUCACUUCUUCAAAAGGCCUUUUAGGUGAUUCUAUAAGGAAGAUCAACUGUUUUAGGUUGCCAAAUAUUCUAAGAAUGACACCGAUAAUUGAGAAAGACUGGAUGGACGAAACUGAUAUAUUCAGUAAAGUGUAUCGGGAUGGGGUUAAAUAUUUUAUACAGUUUGCAACAACAUACGGUUCUUCAAACAAAACGUGUGCUUGCCCAUGUGCUCGUUGCCGAAAUAAGAAAAAUCUCAGGAUUGCCGUAGUUAGACAACAUUUGCUUGAGAAGGGUAUCGACAAGUCUUAUCGUAUAUGGGCUCUUCAUGGUGAGAAGUCCACGAGUGAUAGUAGUGAUUAUUCAGGGGAAGAUCCAUCACAAGAAGAAAACCACCAUGAACAAAACACAGAGGAUGCAGGGCCUGGCAUGGAGAGCUUCAUUGAUGCUGCAAUUGUAGUGCAUGAAGGGGGGGCAGAUGGUGCUGUUCAUAUAGAUGAUACCAAUCUGACGCGAGCGACUUAUGAAGAACCAUUUGAAGUGUGUGAAGGGGGAGCAGAUGGUGAUGUUCAUAUAGAUGACACCAAUCAGACGCGAACGACUUAUGAAGAACCAUUCAAUCCUGAUAGAAUGGAAACAGAUCAAAAUAGUACUGGUUUGUCAGAAAUUCCAGCCUCUCCGAUAUUGCAGACUAAUGCAAGUAUUAGUAGGAACCCAAAAGUUUUCAUCACUGUUGAUGUUGCUGGAAGACCUGUAGGGGAACAUGCAGAGAAACUUUCCACUCGUAUAGGAGAACUUGUUCGACAUCAUUGUCCAAUAAAUUAUACAGAUUGGAGGCUCGUCCCGGAAACAUUCAAGGAUGAUGUUUGGAAUGCCUUGCUGAUGGAAUAUGAGUUCAAUGCUCCUUCCCAGUAUGUCCGCCCCUACCUCGAGAAAAGCUUCCCGGCAAAGUACAGAAGAUACAAAUAUGACUUACGUAAACAGUAUAUAAAAGAUGCAACUAACCAGGAAGAGGUUGUAGCAAAGUGUCCAAGUGGUUUUAAGCUUGAUGUUUGGAAAGCUUUUGUCGCAAAUGAAUUUGAAGAAGUUGCUAAGGAGAAACGUGCAAAGAAUGUAGAGAACAUUAAGAAAAGCACGAUUCGCCAUACUCUUGGGAGGCGUUCCUAUGUGAACAAAUGUUAUAUUCUUGAAAAAGAGGAGGGAAUAGUUCUUGAUGGGCGCCCAGAUGUUUGGAUGAAGGGCCAUGAAAAGAGUGAUGGGACUGUCCAUCCUUCCGCAGUUGAAAAAUAUGAACAACUUAAGGCUGCUAAUGAAAAGAGGAAACGCUUGAAUGGAGGAGGAUCUGGCAAGCAGCUGAGUUUUGAUUCAGAUGCAGUAGCCGAGGUCUUUGGGCCAGAUGGCAGUAGAGCACAUUUACGUGCUUAUUCCUCCUGUGUGUCUAAGAAGCGUGCUGUACAAGCAUGCCUAGCAACCUCUAUCAUGGAAAGUGAAGUUAGCAAAUGCGAUGCUCCUAUUGCUGCCAUGGUUGCCAAUCUUUCAAGUCGUGUAGAAGGAUUGGUUAAGAUUGUAGCUGAAAUUUUAAGCCGUCCCCCGACUGCCCAAGAAACCACUUCAACCUUUGACGCAGAGGCGACUGCACAAGAAACUACUCCAACCAUUGCUGCAGAGGUGCGUGACAAUGUUAAUCGUAGUUAUAGAGGUGUCGGAAAACAAAAUGUCAAUCUGUUGAAUAGGGAAGGCAAGACAGUUGCAACCGGGUACACAGUGAUUGGAAAGGAAGGUGAAAUGUGCAACGGGAGAAGGGUACAACCUGGUGAGAAAAAGGUAAUGAUUGAGACUGUUGUCGAUGUAUCUGCUCCAGUACCAGAUCCUCCUCAAGGAGAUCAUCAUUAUACUUUAGCAGGUUUUGUUGAAGGUGGAUGGGUGAUAUGGUUUGGGUCACGGUUGCAGCCAAGAUAAGUUGAAUGUAUUUGGUUUCAUACAAUUUGUUGCUAAGUUUAGUCUCCAAACUUGGGAAAUAUGGAGCGUUGCUGAGUUUAGUCUCCAUACUUAGGAGAUAUGGAGCUUAUUAGAGUAUGUAAUUAGAUAUAUUCCAUGUUCAGUUGUAGUUUCAUCUUUAGCUAACAGCUAUGUACUGUGUUCUUGUUUGAAAUACCCUGGAUCUGCGUGUUCUUUUAGUCAGUUUCUUGGACAA